AUGCCUCGGAUUAGUGGAUUACAGGACCCUAUACUGGAAAAUUGGAAAUCGGCUCUACGUUUUGGUACUUGGAAUAUACGGACUUUAUUUAAAUCUAGCACAUUUAGAACAUUGGUAGAUAAGGUGGAGAAGUAUAGAAUUGGAAUUGAUGUACUACAAGAAUUAAGAUGGAGUGACACUGGAUCAAUGCAAUUAAAAAAUACUACACUCUUCUAUGGAGCAUAUGAUAAUAGAUAUCUAGGAGGGAGCAGUUUCGCUGUAAAAAAAGUAUACCUCAACUCGGUAAAAGAUUUUAAAGUAAUAAGUCCUAGAAUGACUGUGCUGACUAUAGCAGCCAGAUGGUUCAAUAUAGCAUUUGUAAAUGUACAUGCUCUAACGGAGGAAAAGGAGGAAGUAGAGAAAGGUGAAUUUUACUCAUUACUUAAUAAUGUCUUGAAUGACAUACUAGCAAAUUGCAUUCAAAUUAUUCUAGAAGAUUUCAAUACGAAAAUUGGGAAAGAAAAUUACUUAAGACCUAUAAUAGGUAUUCAUAGCUUACAUGAAGAUCGAAUAACAAUGGAUGUAGAAUAG